AUGCAAGCAAGAAAGAAGAGAAAGCUCGAGCAAGAAAGCGAACCUCAGAAGCCACAAAGUCGACGAAAAGUGGACAUCAAGGAUCAAAAAUGGGUGCAGAGUAACACCAUUGACAUCCGAGACGACGUCGAAGGUCUACAUGGCUUUCUCGAAGAAUUGAGCGACAUAGAAGUCACCAAGGAUGAUACAGGAAAUGUCUCAUUCUUUCAACGCGCCGAGCCAUCAUCAGGCAAGUUGGUGAAAGGUGAAGUCACUCAUCCUCAAGAUCAUGACCAUACCGACCGCGAGAACGAUGACGCCGAAUCUUGGGAUGGAUUUGACGACGAACCUGUUCGACCAUCAGAGAAUUCUACGACGGAGCCUGGUGUUACAGAGAGUGCGAAAGCGAUAUCGAAGAAGCAGAAAGCCAAAAAGCAAACUAAAACGAAAAUUGACAAGAAGUCUGCGACUGCCAACGAAGGCUUUGCCACUUUGCUUGAAGAAACCAGCGAAACCUCGACCGAUGUAUCCGCUUGGAGGAAACUGAAGCUAUCACCAGAUACGAUGGCCUCGUUGAGCCAACUGAAAUUUUCCAAACCGACCGCGAUUCAAAAAGCCGUCAUCCCGGAGAUUCUUGCAGGCAAAGAUGUUAUUGGAAAGGCUCCAACCGGUUCAGGGAAAACGCUCGCAUUCGGAAUCCCUAUCAUUGAACGAUUCCUCGAAGAAAGACAACAGAGAGCACGGCAAGGCUCAGCCAAAGCGCCUUUGGCAUUAUUGCUUUCACCCACCAGAGAGCUUGCCCAUCAACUCAGCAAGCAUUUGACUGCCCUUGCAUCAGGUUUGAUUGAGCACAAGCCAUUGAUCGCGACCCUUACUGGCGGUCUGUCGUUGCUCAAGCAGCAGCGUCUCCUCAAGGAUGCCGACAUUAUUGUGGGCACUCCUGGUCGAAUUUGGGACAUCAUUUCCAAGGACAAGAGCGUCACAUCGUCUUUGAAGCAACUUUCGUUUCUGAUCAUUGAUGAAGCCGACCGUCUUCUUGGUGAAGGUCACUUCAAAGAGGUUGAAGAGAUUCUUAAUUCACUCGACAAGGUGGAUACCAAUGACGACGAGGAUGAUGACAAACUCGAAGCUGCACGUACUGAGGAUGCAAAGUCUAAGCGUCAAACACUUGUGUUCUCGGCGACCUUUGACCGUGAUCUUCAAAGAAAGCUCUCGGGAAAACAUACACACAACAGCAGCAAUAUACUAAACAAUGAGGAGUCCAUGGAAUAUCUCCUAUCGAAAAUCAACUUCCGGGACGAGGUGCCAAAAUUCGUUGACGUGAACCCUGUAACUCCUUUGGCAUCUGGUCUCAAGGAAGGUCUCAUCGAAUGUGCUGGAAUGGAGAAAGAUCUGUAUUUGUACGCGCUGCUCUUGUUAUAUCCAACAUCAAGAACCAUGACUUUCACAAACUCAAUCAACGCAGUCCGCCGCAUCACUCCGUUCUUACAGAAUCUGGGCAUCAAUGCUAUCCCACUACAUUCCGGCAUGAUUCAAAAAGCACGCCUUCGUUCGAUUGAGAGAUUCACUCCUGCAAAGGACGGAGCAAAAUCCGGUUCGCCAGUAGUCCUCAUCACGACCGAUGUGGCGGCCCGCGGCUUGGAUAUUCCAAAUGUCGAGCUCGUCAUCCAUUAUCACCUUCCGCGUGCGGCAGACACUUACGUGCAUCGAUCAGGACGAACGGCACGCGCUGGACAAAGCGGAUCCUCGAUCCUCAUUUGCGGACCAGAAGAAGUCGCUGGUGUUCGAAGGCUCAUUGCUAAAGUCCAUGCUCAAUCUGCAAUUUCCAGAGCAGAGGAUGCAACAGAUGCGGCCAAGCAAGGUUUCUAUAUCCGGACCCUAGAUAUUGACCGGCGCGUCGUCAAUCGUCUCAAAGAGCGGGCCACGUUGGCAAAGAAAAUUGCAGACACAGGCAUAGCGAAAAGCAAACGCAGUAAAGAAGAUGACUUUAUGCGCAAAGCCGCAGAGGAACUGGGCGUCGAUUACGAUAGUGAAGAAUUUGAGCAGCAGGCCAAUGGACGGCGAGGCCGCGGCAGCGGCCGAAUAAAGAAGGAGAGGGAGGCUAGCGGAGUCAGCAAGUCGGAGAUGGGGGCUCUACGAGCCGAGCUCAAUGCGCUUCUCAGGGAGCGCGUCAAUAUUGGUGUCAGUGAGCUGUACCUGACCUCUGGACGCGUUGACAUAGACGAACUACUUCGGCAGCAAGAUGCUGGCGCAGGCAAAACUGGAGAAUUCCUCGGCACCGUGAACAAUCUCGGCCUGGACGACCUCUGA